GAUGCAAAAUUAUUGAAAAGAGUGGAAAACAAUAUGGAUUGUGAAAUAUUACAGAAAGAUCUAAAUUAAAUAUAUAAAUGGAGUAAGAAAUGGGAAAUGGAAUUCAAUGCAAAGAAAUGCAAGGUGAUGGAAUUAGGAAAAAGCAAAAGAAGAUUGACAAGUUCCUACACCAUGGGAGAAGUGGAAAUUAAGAAAACCAAGUUUUCUCUCCUAUGCCAUCCAGUGGUGCUGUAUUGGACUUUCUGAUUGAGAUUAGUGAGGUUAUUGCUUAGCAGUCAUUCAACUGAGUGGAGGGAGGCUCAGAUGUCCCACUGAUCACUUCUCAUUAUCAACAUGGAAGGAGCAGCUUGGCCAUACCUUGUUGAAGAACCUCUGGAGCUUGGAGGUCCCUCCCACUACACUCCCCACCAGACCAACCAGGGCCUCUCACCACCAAACUAUGGCCCUGUGCCAUACACUCAAGGUCAUUUUCCUCCACAUCAGGACCUCCCAGCACCAAACUAUGGCCCUGUGCCACACACUCAAGGUCCUUUUCCUCCACAUCAGGAUUUCCCAGCACCAAACUAUGGCCCUGUGCCACACAAUCAGGGCCUCUUUCCACCAAACUAUGGUGUGCCACACAAUCAGGGCCCUAUUCCUGCACACCAGGGGCCCCCAGCACCAAACUAUGGUCCUGUGCCACAUGACCAGGCCCCUCUCCCCACACACCAGGAUUUCUUUCUACCACACUCCAGUUAUGGACACAACCAAGAUGGUGUUUUCCACAAUGGAGGUGAUGUGUCUGAUCUCCCAUACCAGUACCAGGAAGAUGAAUGGGAAGAAUACGAGGAGGAAGAAGAGGAGGAAGAAAACUUCCUGCCAUACAAUAGUCUGGAGGAGGCCCUGCAGGAGCUGGACAUCCAAUUACCACGGCUGGCUGUCACUGCCCCUCCUUCUGUCAUUCCUCCCAAGGGAGGAGGAAGGUGUCGCCUGCCUAACUUGGGAAGCUCCUCCUAUGUGAAUGCCGUCUUGCAGUGCCUCUACCACACACCAGACUUCCCUGCAUGCCUAUCUUUGGCCUGUGAGGGGUUGGAAGAAGGACAGAAACAGAAGAACUCAAUUGCACGCGCUCUCACAUUCCUAAUGACUAAGAUGGAUGAUGUGAAGCUGAUGAAGAGAGGAAUGAUGGCUUACUUCAAGGGAGUGUGUGGCCUGCGAGAUGAAGCCUUCGCUGGUGUGGAGCAGCAGGAGGCACACAAGCUGCUGGCUGGGCUGUUGCUGUGGCUGCACAAGGACCUUACUGAUGGGUUGCAGGAUAAGGUAGACUGUGCAUGCACAAAAACUUCCCUGAGCAAAUACCUGGCCAGCAGCAUCACCAGGAACCAAGCAUCACUACCAGGCAACAACCCCCCUCCAGGCUACACCAUUUAUACAGGAGACAACCACACUGACACCAACCACCAUCACCAUCCCAGCAACUCGCCAUUAAAGUCAAAUGACGUGGAUGGUGGAAGAGAGAGGAAGGUGUGCCAGAACUGCGGUGUGACUUACCAGCGAAGAUCCUUCAUCUCAGACAUGUUUGAGGGCAUCCACCAGCUGGACGUGAUCUGUGCCAGGGCAGGCAUCAUCCUGCACACUAACUAUGAGAGGUUCACGUCCCUCAGUGUUCCCAUCAGUGCACCAGGGGAAGCCACACUUGAGGAGGCACUGCAGCAGUACUACGGAAUGAACAUGGUCAUGUGGGACUGUGAGUACUGCAGCAAGAGUCACCUGUGCCACCAGCAGAUUCGGGUGUUGUGUUCUCCACUCAUCCUGGCCAUUCAUCUCAGCAGGCCUGCCAAGAAACACAGUGCCAAAAUGCAGGGUGUAAAUUUUCCUACAGAUCAUCUGACUCUUGCGGAUCACAUGAUACCUGGCAGGAAGAACAGGUUCCGUUGUCAUAAGUACAGUCUGUAUGCAGCGUGCAACCUUCAUGGCACACCAGUGCAGGGCCACUACACUGCUGUCUGCAAAGCCAACAAAGACCAGCGUCAGCAAGGCCACUGGUUCUUGUUUGACGAUGAGAAAGUCAGCAAGACAUCCCAAUUCAAGAACACAAAAGAGGCUCACAUUUUGUUUUACAAGAGCCCACUUGUUGAGAUGAUGCAUGAAACAGACCCAUGAGUCCAGUGGCAGGUGUAUACCAGGCAUACUGUAAUGUUAGUUGUAGUAAUAAUAGAGGUUGUGGUAGCAGUUUUCUUAAUUUUCUUUUAUCUCUUGUAUUCACUUCAGAAGGGGUAAGGGAGUAUACAUAUGUGUGAAGCAGGUGUUAGUGCAGGUCCAGUAUCCCUAGUCUGAAAUCCUUGGAUACACCUGUAUUUUAAUUUUAUCUUUUUAUUUAUUUAUUUUUUUUUUUCAAACUAUGGAAUAACUGGUCAGGAAAAAAAGACAUGUAAAUGUGAUUGACACAAAAUAACACUACACUUUAUGGAAAAAUACACAAAUAAACAAUGUAAUACAUAUUGCAACAGUUAUACUGCAUGAAACUAGGAAAGUUUAUUUCUAAAAAGAACAUCAGGUAAAAUAUAAAAGUCACCUCACUGUCACUCUGAUGCACACAUUCUCUUGUUGGCCACCCCACUCUGCUGCAUUCCUGAAGUGUGUCAUACCACUUCACACUGUCUUCACCAUGCUAGUGUUGCACAAGGAGGAUCAUUGGUGUUCAUAUGAAGUGCCUGCUGGGAGUGCACUGUUGACUCCUGUGAUAGUGCAGCAUUCCCAUGACCUGCCUUUGUAAACAUUUCUUUAAGUGCUGUCUGCUUUAUAAUUUUAAGUUUUCUGGUCAGCAAUCUCUCUUUGACUGAGUAUACUGACCUAGUUUCUGCUCACUGAUGAAUCAGCAUUGUUCAAACCCAGUAAUUAACUAUUCACACAUUUUCACCAGAUUGCCUUUUGUUAUUCACCAGUGUUCACAAUGCCCUCAUCACCACUACUGUCUUUGUCCUUUUCUGUAUAGCAAACCACCUUUAGUUUAGACACUCAUAUCUCAGAUAUUGGAUAAUCUAGAUGGUUUCUGGGCCUUGGAUAUUUACACAUAACCCAAUGAAUAUCCAGGUCAUCACAAGAUUCUUUACCAGAAUCUGAAUGACACCAUUAAAACAACAAUUGGCGUGUCAUAUACUGUACCACCACCCACUUGUGCUUCCACAUUGCAGCCUGUACCUCUGAUGAAGGGAUGUAUUACACACACUCUCUACAACUUGUGGUGAUAAUUGUGCAUUAACAGGUGUAUUUUUACAAUAGUAUAUUAUAUUUUUUGUGAAGCAGCUACAUUUUAGUGAGUGAUGGUGUGCAAGGACAGGAAUGUGAGUAAAGCCACAUAUAUAUUGUAUUGAGGGUGGAUGUGCAUGUGGCCAGCUGUAUGCAAUCACAUUCACAUCUUUAGAUAACUCAGAUAAUCCUGUAACUGGACAGGGGGUUGUCCCUGAGUUGCUCCAACUUAGUGAGGUUUUAGUGUAUUUUACACUAUUUUAGUAAUUUUCCCAUCACUAAAGAAAUGUACAAUAGGUGUAUCAUUGUCAAUAUUCAGCAUUUCUUCAAUGGCAGCUUUUUGUAGAAUUUUAAAACUUCAUCUGAAACACCUUUAGUGUAAAUUUUGAAUCUUGAUAUCAUGUGCUGUUCAUUAGUGAUACAAAAUUCUUCAUAGUAUUCAUCUGUAGAUUCAUUUUCAUCAAAUAGUGUUGUAACUUUCUGGUACUGGUGAUGAAAGAUGCUUUUUUUUUAUACUUGCAUUGCCCAUAAGGAUGUCUGCAGCUCUCAUGGAAGUUCCCACAUUACAAAUAAAAAUAGUCUCAAACUAGGAGAUGCCCACCCCCUGAGUGUUGGCCACAACUGGAGAUGUGCAGAGCAGGAAUGCUGGGAAGUGGUGGCCUGGCCUCCAGUGCUGCCCUUCACAUCUGUACCACUACAUGAUGUUUGGAUUAGGAUGGUGAGGCCAGUUGCUCAAAAAACUAGAAGGAAAUGUCUAGCUGGGGAGAGGUGAAGACUUCUGCUGGGUCAUUCCUGUGGGGGAAGCUUCCAGAGGUACCAAGCAUCAGACUUAUUAUUAUUGUAAUAAUAAUUAUUAUUAUUAUCAUUAUUAUUAUUAUCAUUAUUAUUAUUAUUAUUAUUAUUAUUAUUAUUAUUAUUAUUAUUAUAAAUUAAUCACUAUUACUAUAAUAGUUAAAUGAUAAUUAUUAUGACCAUAAUAAUAAGAAUAAUAUUUGUAUUAAUAAUAUAGCAGUCUAGCUGGUGCAGUGGUUCCCAUCCUGUUUUUCCAGGCAAACCCAGUCAUACACCUCCACCCGUGGCCACAAUCCUGUGCACUAUUCUGUAUGCAUUGUAUGUCUGUCAUCUGAUUACUUGCUCUAGGCUGUGAGACUAAUGGACAACUACAGUUAAUAUCUGUGUAAGAGAGAUAUUGUAAUGUUGGAAGAAAAUAGAUAAUAAACAUAAAUAUGUAUGUUUAUAAUAUCAUAUAAAUAAAUAUAUAUGUAAGUA